GGGCAUCGAGGAACUAAAGGGGUUCCUCCAUGAUGGGAAUAAUGUUUUUUCUUGGAAUAACGUUUUUUGGGGAAAUUUUGGAUCUAGUCACAAACUGGUUGACUAAAGCCAUUUUUUUUAAACUUAUUUUUACUGACAGGACUAUGACAUUUUUCUGACAACCAUAAGGCCAGCUGGUCAUAAUUCUGACCACUAUGUUAUGCGCUAUGUUACCUACUAGUCAGGUUCUUCGAGGCAUUGUGAGACUCCCUGUUAAUGUAGAAAGUAAACAGGCACAAGUCAGUUUCACCUUGAUUUUUUUCUACACCGUGCUGCUGACAUUAAUUAUUUCUCUGACUUUUUCUUACCUCUCCCUCCCACUCGUGGCGUGACGUUGAAAGAGGGAUGGAACUUUAAAAAUUGAAAAAGACACUCCGCGCUCGAAGAGCUUCUUCAGACGCGCGCAGCGAAAUACACAACGAUCGCAAAAACUCGAAUAUUUACUUAGAAUGCUGUGAUAGAAUAUGUCGCGGUAUGAAUAAUCUGAAACUCAGUUUUUAUAUAGUUUGUAGGACCGACGAAAUAACAUUGAUUACUGCCAGAUAGUUUCACUAUAAGCAUUUCUAGACGAUAUUAGGCUACUCCUCUUGGAGAUUAAUAGGCUACUUCUCAAAUCCGGGAGAGUUGCUCUAUGGAGUGAGACCCGUGUUGCAAAGUUAUUUCGUUGUUUGAAACUCAAUAACAACUUUCUUGAUUUUAUUGAACGAGAGAACUGGGACGUCGGCUUCAGCGCGCCUCUGGAGUCAUCCCUGACUAAAAGCUGGACAUAAAACUCCGGUAGAAUGAGCACGGAUAAAAACAAGGUGGAGGAUGAGGCGGUGUUGGACAGAGGUGCGUCCUUCGUCAAGCAUGUCUGUGAUGAGGAGGAAGUGGAAGGUCACCACACUGUGUACAUCGGCGUACACGUGCCCAAGAGCUACCAGCGGAGGCGGCGCCACCGACGCAAGUCCAGCCACAAGGAGAGGAAGGAGAGGCCGGUGGAGAACGUAGAGGGGGACAAAACGGACGGAGAGAAUGCUGAUGAGGCAGCACCCAACAUCCUCAAACCUCUCAUCUCCGCAGCAGCAGAGAGGAUCAGGUUCAUCCUGGGUGAGGAGGAUGACGGACCCCCGCCCCCUCAGCUCUUUACUGAGUUGGACGAACUGCUGGCCGUCGAUGGACAGGAGAUGGAGUGGAAGGAGACAGCCAGGUGGAUAAAGUUUGAGGAGAAGGUGGAAAAGGGAGGCGAGCGUUGGAGUAAGCCCCACGUGGCCACCCUGUCCCUUCACAGUCUGUUUGAGCUGAAGACCUGUAUCGAGAAAGGCACCAUCCUGCUGGACCUGGAGGCCUCCACUCUACCACAGGUGGUUGAGUUGAUCACUGACAGCCAGAUCGAGAUUGGUCAGCUGAAGGCCGAGCUGAAGGAUCAAGUCAUGUACACGUUGCUACGAAAACAUCGUCACCAGACCAAGAAGUCCAACCUGCGCUCUCUUGCCGACAUCGGCAAGACAGUGUCCAGUGCAAGCAGGCUGUUUUCCAACCAAGACCAGAAUGGUAGCCCAGCCACGACCCAUCGGAACCUGACCUCUAACAGCCUCAACGACUUCUCUGACCAACCAGAUCGAGACCAGCUGAGGAAUAAGUUUAUGAAGAAGCUUCCUCGUGAUGCCGAGGCAUCUAACGUCCUGGUCGGAGAGGUGGACUUCCUGGACACGCCCUUCGUGGCGUUCGUCCGUCUGCAGCAGGCUGUCAUGUUGGGAGCUCUGACAGAGGUCCCCGUCCCUACCAGGUUUUUAUUCGUGCUGCUGGGGCCCAAAGGAAAAGCCAAUUCUUACCAUGAGAUCGGACGCGCUAUCGCCACCCUCAUGUCUGAUGAGGUGUUCCAUGACAUUGCCUACAAGGCCAAGGACAGACAGGACCUGCUGGCGGGCAUCGAGGAGUUCCUGGAUGAGGUCAUUGUCCUACCCCCAGGGGAGUGGGACCCCGACAUCAGGAUAGAACCCCCCAAAUCCCUGCCCUCGUCUGACAAGAGGAAGAACCAGUAUAAUGCUGGGGGUGGAGGGGAUGGGCCCCAGAUGAAUGGGGACACACCGGGACAUGACGGGGGUCAGGGAGGAGGGGGACAUGGACAUGUCGGAGAAGAGCUCAUGAACACUGGGAAGUUUUGCGGCGGCCUCAUUCUGGACAUCAAGCGGAAGCUGCCUUUUUUCGCCAGUGAUUUCUACGACGCCAUUCACAUCCAGUCGCUGUCCGCCAUCUUAUUCAUCUAUCUGGGCACCGUAACCAAUGCAAUCACCUUCGGAGGGUUGCUAGGAGACGCUACGGAAAACAUGCAGGGUGUGUUGGAAAGUUUCCUGGGCACGGCAGUGACAGGGGCCAUAUUCUGUCUGCUGGCUGGCCAGCCUCUCACCAUCCUCAGCAGCACCGGUCCUGUACUGGUGUUUGAAAGGCUCCUCUUCAACUUCAGCAAAGACAAUGACUUUGACUACCUGGAAUUCCGGCUGUGGAUCGGCCUGUGGUCAGCUUUCUUUUGCCUGGUGCUGGUUGCCACAGACGCCAGCUUCCUGGUCCAGUACUUCACGCGCUUCACGGAGGAGGGCUUUUCAUCCCUCAUCUCCUUCAUCUUCAUCUAUGAUGCCUUCAAGAAGAUGCUGAAGCUGGCCCACUACAACCCCAUCAAUGCUGACUACGACCCUAACUACGUCACAACGUACGACUGCCGCUGCAUGCCCCUACCGGACGACGGAAAUAUGACAGGUCUCUAUAGCGAUGUCUCUUCCUGGAUAAAUGAUACUGAUCUGCCGGUAAAUGCCACGUGGGCGUCUCUCGAUAAGGAACAGUGUGUGAAGUAUGGUGGUGAGCUGAUUGGUCCAGCCUGCGGCUUCGUCCCCGACGUCACUCUGAUGUCAUUCAUCCUUUUCCUGGGGACCUACACUUGCUCCAUGUGUCUCAAGAAGUUCAAGUUCAGCCGCUUCUUCCCCACCACUGUGAGGAAACUGAUCAGUGAUUUCGCCAUCAUCCUGGCUAUUGUCAUCUUCUGUGGUGUGGAUGCCUUGGUCGGAGUGGACACACCCAAGCUCAUCGUGCCAACUGAAUUCAAGCCCACCAGCCCCAACCGUGGCUGGUUCGUGCCCCCGUUUGGAGGGAACCCGUGGUGGGUGUAUCUGGCUGCAGCCCUCCCUGCUCUCCUGGUCACCAUCCUGGUGUUCAUGGACCAGCAGAUCACCGCUGUCAUCGUCAACAGAAAGGAGCACAAACUCAAGAAAGGGGCAGGCUACCACUUGGACUUGUUCUGGGUAGCAGUACUACUCAUUGUGUGUUCCUUCAUGGGCCUGCCCUGGUACGUGGCUGCCACUGUCAUCUCCAUCGCCCACAUCGACUCUCUGAAGAUGGAGACCCAGUGCUCGGCUCCUGGGGAGCAGCCCAAGUUCCUGGGUGUCAGGGAGCAGAGAGUGACCGGUGUCAUUGUCUUCAUUCUGACUGGACUGUCUGUCUUCAUGGCUCCCAUCCUCAAGUUCAUCCCUAUGCCCGUGCUCUAUGGCGUGUUCCUCUACAUGGGCGUGGCAUCUCUCAACGGUGUCCAGUUCAUGGAUCGCCUGCAGCUUCUCCUGAUGCCUGCCAAGCACCAGCCUGACCUGAUCUACCUGCGCCACGUUCCCCAGCGUCGCAUCCACCUGUUUACCUUCAUACAGGCUCUCUGUCUCGCCCUCCUCUGGGUCCUUAAGUCCACUGUCGCUGCCAUCAUCUUCCCUGUCAUGAUCUUGGCCCUGGUGGCAGUCAGAAGGGCCAUGGACUACAUCUUCUCCCAGCACGACCUCAGCUACCUGGACGACGUCAUCCCGGAGAAAGACAAGAAGAAGAAGGAGGACGAGAAGAGGAAGAAGAAGCAGAAGAAAGGAAGCAUCGACAGUGAAAUCGAUUUUCCCUCUGAGUACCCCUACAAUGACAAUAUCCCCAGUAUUAAAAUCUCCAUGGAUAUAAUGGAGACGGAGCCCAUGUUGGGGAAUAAGGAUAAGACCUCAGACAGACCCCCGCCGUCUUUCCUUGACCCACACUCAGCAUGCUGAGGGCUACUUUAAGCCCACUACUAUUGCAAGGUAACUAUUCUGAAUCCAUUAAAAAAAGCAGCGCCUCAGAUUAGGAUAGAACUGGAGCAGGAGGACAAAAGCUUCUUCUGGAAAAAACAGGCUCCGGGUUCUGAAACGUCCCUUUAGUCUAACAACAACCUGUCCUAAUGUCCAAACAACCCAACUGAACCAGCAGCAUUACCUGCACACCACUACUCAGCACAACACAGGGUGUUGAAAUCCCAUAGGGCCCUGGUCAAAAGCAGUGCACUAUAUAGGGAACAGACCUGGGUUCAAAUAUUCAAAACAUGUAUUCAGAAAACCUUUAUUUGAAAAAACAAGCAGUUGAAUAUUGGAAUGUAUUUGGAAACACACUUGGUAAGUAUUUGAAAAUACUAAAAUACAUGGACUGAAAUACACUCCCAUGCAUUUAACCCAGCUAUAUGAAAAUAUACUUUCAAAUACAAUAUGGUCAACUAUUUCCUUUUUUUUUGCAUAACCAUUUGAAUACAAAAAUAAAAGUACUUGUUUGGGGCUGUGUAUUUGAAAAUACUCAAGUACACAUGUAUUUGAACCCAGGUCUGGUAGGGAAUAGGGUGCCAUUGUGGAUGUAACCACAGACUCCUACAGCAGCCUCUUUUAUACUGUAGCACUGUUGUAUACUCCUACUUUUAAUGUCCUGCAUAAGUACAUAUUUGUAAUUUAAAAAAACGGACAGAAUUCUUUGUUUUGAGAGUGAGACGUAUAGGAGGGACCCUUGUGAUAGGGGAGAUGUGAUUCUUCAUUUGCUGUAUGAAAACAGUAAUGGCCGAUUCCGCGGCAGCGUAGCCUGAAAAUAUUUUCUGCUCCCGCUGGCUUGGAAUCGCCCUAAUGCUCUGUACCAAGGAAAACUUUGAAGUUCAUUGUUAGCCAUUUAUGGCUAAUUCAUGAGUAAGGUAUUCAUGAUUUAUAAAGCAUUCACAAACUAAUGCAAUGCUUUAUGUAUUCAUAGUACAUGCCUGUUAGAUCAUUAAGUUCAAUAUACUUUCUUAUACAGAUCUUAUGGAGAUGUGACAUUAAACUGGACUGUCCUAUUUUUGCCGGCCAGAACAGAUCAAACCUUCAAAUCCCAUUAUUUUUUCAUGUCCUACUGUCCAGCAUAGGCCUAUUAUAGUUUUAUUGUUCAUGUAUAUUAAUAUUCUUCCGUCUUUUAUCUUAUUCCUUCACACUUGUAUUAUUUAUUUAAUCUCUAUCUAUGCAAAAAAAAAAACAUAAAUGCUCAUGAUUCAAAAUGUUGAUUUGAGUAUUUUCCUUCCCAUUGUGUGUGAAACUUUUCUGAUUGAACUGUUUUCCUAAGAAUGUCUGUUGUUUCUAUCAGCUUUAUAAGGGACAGGAGGACUUCAACCACACUUAUCUGUAGUAGGGAUUGAAAUACAUGUAUAUACUUGUAUUUUUGGCUCUACCUCUGACUUAAUUAAUGUAGGCGCCAGGUAUUUGUAAGUACAGUAUGAUGAACACAUUGUUAAUAUGAAAUUAUCUGUCAUCAUACUGAAUUAUUUUUAUGAAAGGGCACAGCAUAGAGAUCCUAUCUAAUCACUUUCUGAGUUCCUUUUGUUCUGUAACUAAUUCAUUCAAAGAUUUUUAUUUGUAUCAUAUUGAAAUGAAAUGAAAAUGCAAUAACAGUGACGUAUAUUAUAUUGCUGAGAGAAUAAGUAAAAUAAUUAAGUGUAUUUACUAUUAAGCCGUUAAUGAGAUGACAGCAUUUUUACAGUUGUCUGUGGAGUGACAUUUGUAUUAUUACCUUUUUUUAACAAAGUGAUGAUUUAGUGUUGUUUUUUUUAUUAUAUUAAACUGAUUAUGAACUGAUCAAUCAUUGAAUAAUCACUGUGAGACAAUGCAAUGUUGACGUGUCUUGCAGUUGCAUUUCUGCAAAAACUAAUGCUGUGUAUAGUUUGCAGCUUUUCACGAAGUUCCAUACCAAGAGAAAAUAUGAAUUCAAAAAACAUUUAUUUAAUCUCUUCCACGAGCCGAUUCGCUCAGUAGCAGUUGAACCUGGGGAUGAGGCUGUUCAAAAUUUCAGAGCUGCCAUUUUACUGAUAAACGGAUACAUUGCAGCCCUUUAUAGAAUGUAUUAUUUUUUAGAUACAGUGUACAAAUUAAGGCUUAAAUUAUUCACUUGAGCAAAAUUGAUUUUGUGGUCUUAGUGAUUACUGGGUUUAUAAAUGAUAAAAGAUACUGUAGUGAUAAAAUACCAACAUUGUAUUUGUUGUAAUCUUGAGAGGUAUAAUCAAACAAGAUUGUUUUGUAGGUGUAUCGGAAGUGUGAGAGGACUGCAGCGGAUGUUGAAAUGAUGGUACACUCUUAAUCAGGGUCACUUUUGAUGUCAUAUUUUCUAUCCCAAAUAAUGCCAGCAUCCCAUCUUAAUCAGUCUUGGGACAAAUGUUAAUCGUCUGUACAGUAUGCUCAUUUUCUGGGAUUCUAAUUUUAGGAUGAGUCUAUGUUUUGCUGUAAAAUGUGUUGAUUCAGCGGGCUAAUUGAAUGAAAACGUAUGUUUUUAAUAUUGUUGACACAUUUGAUGCAAUAUUUCUAUCUACAAACAUGGUUCAUAUUAAAUAAGCACUUAGAUACAGGUGUCGAGCAGUUUAUUGUAAAACGUGGUAGAACAAAAUAUUCAAGCAAUAAAACUAUAAUUACGAUCAA